AUGGGGGGACGCUUGCUGCUUUUCUUGCCAUGGCGGCUGCUGCUGCUGCUGCUUUCAUCACAUGCUGUAACGGCGUUCCGUUUCACAGUGGAUGACUUCCCUGACGGAUUUGCCUUUGGAGCUGGGACUGCAGCAUUUCAGGAAGAUGUAAAGCUAAUGAAAGACAUAGGCACGAAGGCUUACAGGUUCACCAUAUCUUGCUCAAGACUUAUUCCUAAUGGGAGAGGAGCAGUGAACCCAAAAGGGCUGCAGUUCUACAACGAUAUGAUAAAUGAGCUAGUGAAAGAAGGGGAGUUACACUACACUGCACUGCAUUUGUUUGUCACUGUCUCACUGAAACUGAAUCAUCGUUUUCCAACCCUUGUGCAGGUAUUCAGAGACGACUUCACAGCAUAUGCAGACGUUUGUUUUCGUGAGUUUGGCGAUAGGGUGGCACACUGGACAACUAUGAUGGAACCAAACAUCAUUGCUCAAGGUUCCUAUGACGUUGGAAUUGUGCCGCCUGGACGUUGUUCAUAUCCAUUUGGGCAUGAUUGCACAGUUGGCAACUCCACCGUGGAGCCCUACCUGUUUCUACACUACAAUCUGCUAGCUCACUCCUCGGUUGUCAGGCUAUACCGGGAGAAGUACCAACGCACUGUUCGCUUGGCUUAUAAGCCCAUUUUCAUUCCCUUCAGUUCAGAGCCUUGUGUUUCUGCUCAACUUUCUUGA